AUGAAAUGGUAUUUACAAAGGAAAGUGUUUGAUACCUUAGGGCUCCCCAAAGAACUGGGAAGCAAGGUCUGGAGAGGGCAGGCGACCAUCGGGGGAACUCCAUUCCACAAUGCUUGUGCAUCCUUCAUUUGCAUGCUCUUCUUCAUCAUCAUCAAAGUGAGUGUGGCUACCUUGACCUUGGUGGAGUCUAGCUUGCUCAAACCGGUUGUAGGGAGUCCAGUUGGUCUGAUGGAAGUCCUGGUAAGGCGCUGGAUCAAACUCAUAGUCCGGAUUUCAAAUCCCGGCUCCUCAAGUUCAACUCGACCCUCAGCUCGACCGAGUCCGGUUUGCUCUGUUUGGACUCGAUCGAGUCCACUGGUCGAGUCAGAACGUCGUACUCUUGAAAUCUUCCUCCUCUUCUGUCUGUUGGCCCCUGCCUCUCUUGACUCGUAUCAUGAGGCUUUGGGAGGGUCUUGA